AUGAGAACAUGCGGGUAUUCUCACUUGUUUGUGAGCCUCCUGUGGCUUAUAUCCAGCUGUUUACCGGCUUCUAAAGCCUCACUGUAUCCGCCAGACCAACAACGCUUGGAAGCAAUCCGAGCUGAAGCAACGGAAGAAGCAACACUAUUGGAUGAAGAAUUGGAUUGCGGCAUGCGGCGUUUGAUGCUCAAGGCUGCCAAGAAGGCUGUUCCUUGGAGGAAAGAUAUGUUUGACGUUUAUCAAGCUCUUGAAUUGGAAACUAGAUGUCAUGAUCGAGCAGAGCUGGAACCCGAAGAAUCAUCGGUAUCCUACGUCCGACGCCAACUAUUGCAAGACGAGUCUCCACAACCUCAACUGAGGUCUUUUCCAUUGGAUCCUUCUCAAUUCACGGUACAUGUGUGCUCAGCGGUUGGUAAUGAUUCACAUGAAGGGAGUCAGAAACGUCCGUUUGCAUCCUUUGAGCGUGCCCUUGAAGCAACAAGAACCUUUGUAAAAGACUUUCAAAAGAAGAUGGGAAGUAGCAAUGACAAUUUUGCCAAUGUUCACCACACAGGCCCAGUCCCCAAUCGGACCAUUAUUUUGCACGACGGUAUUCAUUAUCUAGGCACUACGGUUCAUCUCUCGCCCAUGGAUUCCAAUCUUACUAUUCGAAAUGCCCCUGGUGAAGAAGCUUGGUUCUCUGGCGGCAAGCUGAUCAAAUCCGCCGACGUGGAUUGGACACGAACCGAGUCCAAUGAGAACAUAUGGAUGGCAAGUCUUGCCAAUUCUAAGAUUGAGGCGGUGACAGGUUUGUUUACCGUAAAGGAUCACCAACGAAUGACGCUGGCACGAUUCCCAAAUGCCAAUGUGGAAGAGUGGGACAGUCCCAACCGCUAUGUUUCGCGCAAUGAUGUAGCCGAAUGGACAUUCCCACCGUUUGGAAAAGUGCCCGAAUUCUACUCGAUUGACUUGACUCAGCCUGACAACCCAACUGGUCAUGUGAAGAAUGAUAGUAUUAUGGAUCAAUACAAUUCCUAUGGUACCGGUCAAGGUGGAGCAUGUGCAACCGUUUGGGGAGACGAACCAUCCUAUUGGUGUAGCAAUCUAGCAGGUGGUGGAUGGGCAGAAGUGGAUAAGGCGGCCGCCUUGGCAGGUCGCAUGAAUAUUCCGCGGGGCAUGGUACUCAACAAUGCUGCCUCGGAGAUAUUCCAACGCUCCAAGAAUUGGAAAGAUCCAAAAGGAGCAAUUGUCCAUGCUGCGCACUCACAGGGAUGGAGUUGGCACAUGUUCAAUAUUUCUACUGUGAUGCACAAUGAAACUUCCGUGACCAUCGACUUUGAUAAAGGAGGAUCUCAGGGUGGUCGGAAUUGGGAAUGCAAGGACGGGAAGGGGCACUUGACUGAUUGUGACGGGGAUGACAAGAUGUUGGAAGGCGGCAGCUGGUAUGUGGAAGGAAUAUUGGAAGAACUGGAUGCACCUGGAGAGUUCUACUUUGAUGAAGACACAAAGCAUCUCUACUUGUAUCCCAUGAAAAAUUGCACCGACAAGUCAAAGAGCUGCAUUCCGGACAUGGUGGCUACCAACCUGCAGACCAUGAUCAAGAUCGAAGGUACGAUGGAUGUUCCAGUUCAAAAUAUUCGCAUACAAGGGAUCGGAUUCCGAGAUGCCGCCAAGACGUACAUGGAACAGUGGUCCGCGCCAAGUGGAGGCGAUUGGGCUUUGCAUCGGGGAGGGGCGAUCCACCUAGAAGGUACAGAGGACGUGGCGAUUGUGGAUUCAAAGUUUCACAGACUGGAUGGCAAUGCCAUUAUGCUCGGUGGCUACUGUCACGAUACUCAAAUCAUGAGAUCAGAAUUCUCUUGGCUAGGAAAUGGUGCGAUUGCCACCUGGGGUGAUACCGAUGGUUACGAUGCCACUGUGCCAUCUCAGCCUAGAGGUACCGUGGUCUCACAUAAUGUCAUGUCGAAUCUUGGUCUAUACCAGAAACAGAGUUCUGGUUUUGGGCAAAACAAAGCUUGUCUGAAUACAGUCACUGAUAACGUCAUGUUCAAUCUUCCAAGAGCUGCGAUCAACUUCAACGAUGGCCUCGGAGGAGGCAACAUGGUUCGAGGAAAUAUCAUCUUCAAUUCGUGUAGGGAGAGUGGAGAUCAUGGACCAAUCAACAGCUGGGAUCGAAUGCCAUUUCUGACAAACACUACCGGAACAGGACCGUCAUUCACGCCACUUCCAACACAUACAACGAAGAACUUUAUCCUAGCAAACUAUGGGGCUUCUGAAGGCUUCGACAACGAUGACGGAAGUUCAUGGUAUUACACUUACGAUAAUGUGUUUUAUGCAGCCGAUGGAUUCAAAAUGGACUAUGGAGGCCAUGAUUCUCGAUUCUAUGGAAAUCUUGUGUACGCUACCAACAAGCAUUGCUUUGGAACCGGUUCGUUUCAUAAAGAUCAUGCGGAUACAUUUUUCAACAACACUUGUAUAUUGGCCACUACUCGCAAUCCAGCAGAUACCAAGGUUGGAACACUCUAUCAGUGCUCGACUGAUGGAAUGAACCCAACACAGAAUCGAUACCUGACACAAUCGGGCAAUGCAACGUGGUCUUGCUUGCCACACUCAGAAUUGUUCACGUUGGCUGAAAUGCAGGAUAUGGGGUUUGAGGCCAAUUCAUCAGUUGGAACCAUUCCUGAUGCAGGGAGUAUCAUCUCAAUGGCAAAGGAAAUUCUAGGAAUGCAAACUCUAUGA